AUGACCACUGUGUCACUCAGUGGGUUGAGCUUAUCCAAUCCAAGAACGACCACUGUAAAGAAUACGCUCCUUAACAUGACUGCAAGCCGGCUACCUCUCGCUGGGGAUUCUCGGACGUUACCGAUCCAUUUUCCGGCGAGCUAUUUUGCCCCUACCCCUCUUAAAAGUUUCACUUUCCGCCGUAAAUUCGCCACUCCAACAAACAAUCAAAGAACGCCACUAACUCUUCGCGUUCAUGUUCAAUGCCACUGCAGCUCUAUCACUAUCGAUGGAAAUCACUCCACUAUUUUCACUCACUCGAGUGCAAUGCUGUUUUCACUAUUUCAAGAAAUUGGGUUCAAUGAGAGAGACACUGAAACAUUAUUGGAUACCCACUCUGCUCUCAGGUUCAUGCCUUUUGAAUCCAUUCGUAGUAGAAUUCAUUCCUUACAAUCCGUUGGAGUCAGUGGUCUUUCUCUUUCUCGAUUAAUUGCGAAGCGUCCUGAUAUAUUGACAGCUAAAGAAAUCGAGGCAUUGUUAUAUUUUCUUGUUAAUGAUGAUGAUGAUUUAGAUUUGAAUGGAAAAGUAGAGCCUGUGCAGCUCGAGCGGCUUCUUAAUGCAACAGACCCCAGAUUUCUUGUGGGAUUUGAGAGAAAAGUGAAGUUGCUAGUUCAAUACGGUAUUCCCCAAGAGAAACUCGUUCAUGUGCUUAACACUGUUAAUUUGACUAAGGCAUUUUGCCUUAAGUCUUUUGAAGAAGUGGAGAGAAUGCUUCAUUUCCUGAAUCGUUUUGGUGGCGUUAGUUUGAUUCUUCGCCGGCCUGCAAUUUUGAAUUAUGAUCUGGAGGCACAAUUGGCUCCAAGAAUCGAGUUUCUCUUGGAGUUAAGUGGGGGAGAUGAGAAAGCCACUGCAAUCGUAUUGCACAAACUUCCGUUCGUAUUAGCCUACAGUGUUGACCAUUUAACAGACCAUGUCGAGUUCUUGAAUUCUUAUGCGGGUUUAAGCUAUCAAGAGAUAUUUAGGAUAAUUCUUGUUUACCCGAACUUGUUUAGUGCGAGCAGGAAGAGGAAAUUGCAUCCCAGAAUCGACUUUCUUAUGCAGUGUGGGUUGAAUUCACAGGACAUAUUUAAGUUUUUGAUCAAGGCACCCUUGUUCUUAAGUCUGUCAUUUGAGGAGAAUUUAGCAUGUAAGCUGGUUUUCUUGGUGAAGAUUGGCUAUGAGAAUAGGACAAGGGAAUUGGCUAUGGCAAUGGGAGCUGUUACACGUACCAGCUGCAAGAAUUUACAGGAGAAUAUUGGGGUAUUCUUGAACUACGGAUUGACUUGUCAGGACAUUUUAGAGAUGAGCAAGAAGCACCCUCAAGUUUUGCAGUACAACCACGAUUCUUUGGAGGAGAAGAUGGAUUACUUGAUUGAGGAAAUGGGUCGUGAAGUUGGAGAGCUGUUGUCUUUUCCUGCAUUUCUUGGUUACAAGCUUGAUGGAAGGAUUAAACAUAGGUAUGAAGAAAAGAAGAAGAUUUUAGGUGAAGGAAUGUCCAUUAACAAGCUACUGAGUGUAUCUGCAGCAAGAUUCUCGAUGAAAAGCAAGAAGAAGCAUCCUGUGAACGUGAUUGACAGUCAGAGUGAAGUUGAAUGA